GGAAAAAUUGACGAUAUUCCCCAGAUCGACGAGUUGUACCACGAAAAGAAUGUUCAUGUAGUCAAUGGAGACAACAAGGCAUCGCGAUUCCACGUUGAUUUGUAUCAAUUGGACAAAAAUGAAGCUGGAGUACGUCAUUCUGCUCUUUUAGACGGGAACCACUACUUUCAGUUUGAAAACUUGAAGACUGGCGAAUACGAAUUGAUUGUAGACUCCUAUGAUUUCAUCUUGUCCAACUCAAGAUUCAGAGUACAAGUAGACGAAGAGGCUGAUAUAGUGCAAGUAUUUGAAGACUAUUUAGCCAGCCGCAGUUUCAACCGGAGUUCGAUCUUUAACGUUACCGAAUCGACUCCUUUGGUGCUUUCAGUCAAGGAGCCGAAGCAGUUUUAUGAAAGUGCCCUGGGCUCCAUCAUGGAUAUGGUGUAUAAUAGUCCACUUGGCUUUAUCUUCAAAAACAGAUUGUACACCAUUAUAUUUUUCAUCUGUCUAUCAAUCAUGGCUGCACCUACUAUACUCCAAUAUAUCAACCCAGAGUUGGCA